CCUCAGACAUCAAUCGUGUUUUGUCCUUCGAAUUAGCGAGUACUGGUAUUCCAGCAGCGCGAAACUUAUCAAAUAUGAAACUGUUCGUCGUAGUAUCAUCUCUGUUGGCCGUUGCCACUGCUGCUCCUUCUUUGCUGACGCCGCAAGUGUACGCCGCCAUUCCCGCAACUACCUAUGUUGCUGCUGCUGCACCCGUCGAAGUGUCCAGCCAGUUCCACGCCCAGGAUGCUCUCGGCCAGUAUACAUAUGGAUAUAACGGAGGACUAUCCGCCAAGACGGAAACAAAGGCUAUUGAUGGAGUGACUCGUGGAGCUUACAGUUAUCUGGAUGCUGAGAACAAACUGCAGACCGUGUCCUAUACUGCUGAUGCCAUCAAUGGAUUCCGUGCUGAAGCUAGCAAUUUGCCAGUUGCUCCAAUUGAAACCCGUAUCGCUCCUGAACCAGUACAGGACACUCCUGAAGUAGUUCAGGCCAAGGCUGAACAUUUGGCCGCUAUUGAGGAAGCCAAGGUACGAAACGCAGCCGCUGAAGAAGAAGAUAAGUCGUCUGUUGCGAUUGAAGCUGCCCCAGUUGCUCCAAUUGUCCCAGUUUCUGCCGUUGCUCCAAUUUCUUAUGCUGCCCCAGCUGUUGCUUUGGCUCCAGCUACCGGAUUCUCGUACUCCACAUCAUCUCUGGCCCUGAAGCAGCAACCAAUUGCAUUCAACACCUAUGCUGCCGCUCCAGUCCCAGCCGCCGUCGAACUCAAGACACCAUCUUCCUUCUCCUAUUCAACCUACACCCAGUCAGCCCCUGCCACCAUUGCUGUGAGGACUGCUGAGAUCCCAUCUGCUGCUAUCCAGUACACUUCCGCCAUCCAGCAGCCAAUCUACGGUUAUUCGUACGGUAUUCCGGCAUACUACACCACUUCCCAGUUCGCUUCCCCAGUCGCCAUUGCUGCCCGUGCUCUGCCAGUUGCCGAAGUACCUCUCCCAGUGCCAGUUCAGGACACUCCGGAAGUUGCACAGGCCAAAGCCGAACACCUGCAAGCUGUCGCCGAAGUUAAGGCUCGUAACCUCCAGUAAAGAACGCCUCUAGCGUUUUUAAUGCUUCAUCGGAUCUUCAAACAAACAACAGACUCUAGCUCAACUGAAAUAGUCUUGAACUGCCAUUGUAAAAAGUGUACAAUUUAACUUUUGAACAGAAAAAGUCAAACCCUCACAGACUGUACAUGUAGGUAAUAUUUUCUUUGUGCAGAUGUGUACAAAAAAAAGAAACCAAAAUAAAAAGGAGGAGAAUGUGAAAUAAUUGCAAAAUAA